CUUUUCCCUACAGCUGAAAAGCUGGAUAAUGGCUCCACUACCCAAUGCUGGAUUAGUUCGGAACGCUUUGCAGUUGUAUCGUUAUUUGCUCCGAUGCUGUAAGCAGCUUCCUGAAGAGAAUAUUCGUCAGCAUUACAGACAUGCAAUCAGGCAGGUGAGAAAUGUAAUUCUUUUCUGUUAUUGAGUUCACAGUUGUGUUGUAGGUCUUUUAUUUUAUUUUAUUAUUAUUUUUUAUCCUACAGUUUGGACCAAUUUCUUAUAACUCCUGGAACUUUAAAGCAAAUUCUUCUGUAGGCUUGAAACCUGUGUGGAUUCAGAGGAUUAUACAGGGAUUAUGUGAAGGAACAUUUGAUUUUGUUUGCUUUCCUUUGCUUUCUUGUCAGUUCUUGUGUUAGUCAAGGUAGUGAACAAUUGUUUAUUUACCUCUUCACAUCCUUUUGGUAACACUUGCUAUUCCCCAUCUGGGAUUGUCUUCCACAACAGGUAUUCAUGUGGAGGUUAUUUAAUGCCUUUGAUUAUUCCUGUUGUCCUGUGUCUCUUGUAUUUUACUAUAACAGACAACUUCAAGGAAACUUCACUAUGUAGUGUUUUAUUUAGGAGUUGUUGAAUUUACUGGGAUGUUACGUGCUUUCUAAACCAGAGCUUGUACUUCUUUGCAUUUCUACAUUGAGAUACCUUGAUUGUUGUUCCAAAUUGAAGUUCUCAUAGUCUCUGAUCAUCUUUUUGGUAUUUUUUUGACGAUAAUGUGUGAAAAGAGUAA